GCCUCUCCCAUAGGGGCUGAUCCCUCCCUCACACUCACUGUCACUGCUCCUACCGGCUGCAAGAAAUGGGGGAGAUUCCGAGUCUGGUGAAGAUCGCCGUCUCCCUGAAGAUCCAACCCAAUGACGGGCCGGUCUACUUCAAGGUGGACGGGCAGCGCUUCGGCCAGAACCGGACAAUUAAAUUGCUAACGGGAGCCAAAUACAAAAUCGAUGUCGUUCUGAAACCUGGAGCUGUCAGAGCCACGACCAUUAAUUUAGGAGGUGUGAUCAUUCCCCUGGAGGAGAAAUCAAGGGACCCUCAGCAAGCCUGCUAUACAGCGUUCUAUGAUACAGAAGGGGUUGCACACACCAAAAGCGGGGAAAGGCAACCACUUCAAGUUAUCAUUCAGUUCGAAGAAAUCGGGAGCUUCGAGACUGUAUGGCAAGUCAAGUUUUACAAUUACCACAAAAGAGAUCAUUGCCAGUGGGGAAACAGCUUCAGCUGCAUUGAAUAUGAGUGCAAGCCCAACGAAACCCGCAGCCUUAUGUGGAUAAACAAAGAAAUGUUCCAUUAAAGGUUUUCGGAAGCAUCCAAGGCUGGACAAUCCCCUGCAAAAUCUACAACCAGCACAAAAGGCUAAUCAGCCUUAAACUCACGACACCUAACGCAUAUCACAAGCUACAACAGCGGUUUUGGCUAUGGCCACUAUGUUGAUGUUUAUUUAAAUGGAAUAUUAUUGAUUUGUUUGUAUUAUUUGUAAAGGUUUCCAUUAGUGUUGCUUAAUAUAUAUAUAUAUUAUUUUUUACUUACCCUUGUGAAAUUAUGUAAUUUGCGCAACCUCUGUUUACUCUGUAGUUCCAUUCGGAAAGCUAGUACCUGAAUAGUUCUUUAGAUUAUUGUAGAAUAGAAGGAACAUAGCCGAUUCUAUUUUCUAUAUGAUCUGCCUUUGUUCUGCCACUUUGUGGAGAAAAAAUUGUCAGUAUGUUUUCCUUUUUUUUUGUCUGAUACACUGCUAUGUUUUGCAA